CGACUGGAGAGGAGCCGGAGAGGGAGGGGAGAGCGAGCAGCGCAGCAGCGGGCAAGCCACCAGCCCCGAAACCCAGAAAUAAAGGCGAACUUCUCCCGCAUACGCAAUAUAUCACAUUUUGUUUUGCGAUGUGGUGGUUUGCAUAGAACCGCCGGUCGUUCGGCAGCGCUCGGCAAUAAGUUUGGGUGGUUUCAGGACUCCACUCGGAACGGCUGGAAACUCAGAAGGAAAGAAAACAACAACACUGGAAAAAAGACGGGGAUUACACACAGCGGUGACAAUAAAACAACACUCCCCGACAAGUGAUCAGCCUGGUGCCGAGGGUGAAGUCCGAGCAGAAAACGGGAAAUAUUGGUAAACUGAUAUCCCCUCUCAAAUAUUUCCAAUGUUGGUUUCCAGAUACCGUUUAUCUGUGAACUUUAAACUCAGGAAACAAUGAAGACAUAGCGAGCAAGAACUCAUCAAGUGUCUCGAACCUGCUAGCCAUCCCGCUAGCGUUAGCGUGGCUGUCUGCGGCGAACUAAUGCGAGCUAAAGCUAACGCCCGCUAGCGCAGCCAAGUAAGCUAAGGUAGCUUGUCGGCUAACGCUAGCUGGCUAGCAGAACGCGGUCCGGAGAAACUUUUGUUGUUCCCCCCGGAGAUUAAACGCUGAAGGAGUGUUGCGAGAACAGAGGGGGAGGGCAGGUUCCCUUCUGGACUUUUCCCCUCUAUACGUUUUCUUAAAAUGAUGGCUGCGGAGGUCAGCAGCGAGGAGGCUGGCUCGGUUACGGCAGGGACAGGGGUGGCAGGCGGCGGAGGCCCAGAGGCGGCCCCUUUCCCCUACUAUCCCAAGCCGAGCAGAGCGCGAGUCCCUGAUUUGGGACAAGGACCGGCUCCAGCCCAGCGCCAACAUUCAAACACCUCACCGGACUCGCUUCCCGACAUGAGCGUGAUCUACCCCCUGUCUAGUGGGGACGUCACCGGACCACUGCUGUGCGCAGCGGGGAGUGGCGGAGCGGGAGCUGGACAUUCACUUUUCCAGGGAACAACCUCAGGGACCGUGGGCAGCGCGUGCUACUCUCCCACAUCGGAGAGUCCGGCCAGUCGGAUUUCACCCACAUCGACCGGCCCGGACGGGACCACAGUCUUCCCCCCGCUGCCACCUCCGCCUCCUCCCCCUCCGGGCUGCGGGGGGCUCGGCGGCGCUAUGGAUGAAAGCGACAUGCAGGAUGGACCGGAAAUCGAGGAAGAAGAGGUGGUGUUCCCUCUCUCUGCGCCUCCCACAAACCAGUGGUACCAUGGCAAGCUAGACCGAACCAUCGCUGAGGAGCGGCUGCGCCAGGCCCGGAACCCUGGCAGCUACCUCAUCAGGGAGAGUGACCGCCGGCCCGGUUCCUUUGUCCUGUCUUUUCUCAGCAUGACCAAUGUGGUGAACCACUUCAGAAUAAUCGCCAUGUGUGGGGACUAUUACAUUGGGGGUCGGCGCUUCUCUUCUCUAUCAGACCUAAUUGGUUACUACAGCUAUGUGUCUUGCCUGCUAAAAGGAGAGAAACUGCUAUCGCCAGUGGCCCCCCCAGAGCCUGUGGAAGACCGGAGGAGAGUCAGGGCCAUACUUCCUUACACCAAAGUGCCAGAUACUGAUGAGAUCAGCUUCCUAAAAGGGGACAUGUUUAUUGUUCACAAUGAACUGGAGGACGGCUGGAUGUGGGUGACCAACGUCCGCACAGAGGAGCAGGGCCUCAUUGUGGAGGAUCUGGUGGAGGAAGUGGGGCGAGAGGAGGAUCCACAUGAGGGAAAAAUUUGGUAUCAUGGAAAGAUCACCAAGAAGGAGGCUUACAACCUGCUGAUGACAGUUGGUCAGGUGUGCAGCUUUUUAGUCCGGCCUUCGGACAACACACCUGGUGACUACUCGCUCUUUUUUCGCACCAAUGAAAACAUCCAAAGGUUUAAGAUUUCCCCCACCCCUAACAAUCAGUACAUGAUGGGAGGGAGGUACUACAAUAGUGUUGAAGACAUCAUCGACCAUUACAAGAAAGAACAAAUAGUUGAGGGUUACAACCUGAAAGAUGCAGUGUUAGUUCAGCAGCAGGAGCAAGUGCUUACUGACACAGUAGAUGGGAGAGAAAUUUAUAACACUAUCAGACGGAAAACAAAAGAUGCUUUCUACAAAAACAUCGUCAAGAAAGGCUACCUCCUCUUCAACAAAGGCAAAGGCAAACGAUGGAAGAACCUUUACUUCAUCCUAGAGGGUAACGAUGCUCAGCUCAUCUACUUCGAGAGUGAAAAGAGAGCCACCAAACCGAAAGGGCUGAUCGACCUCAGUGUGUGCUCUGUGUACGGUGUGCAUGACAGUCUCUUUGGCAGGCCAAACUGUUUCCAGAUUGUUGUCCAGCACUUUAGCGAGGAACAGUACAUAUUCUACUUCGCAGGAGAAGCUCAAGAGCAGGGACAGGAUUGGAUGAAAUGCCUUCAAACAUUCUGCAGCAACCUAAGGAAAACCGCUCAGCCGCCUUCCAACAAGCGGCUUAGACAGGUGAGCAGCCUGGUGCUGUAUGUGGAGGAGGCCCACAAGCUGCCGGUGAAGUACUUCACCAACCCCUACUGUAACAUCUACCUGAACAGUGUGCAGGUGGCUAAGACACAUCCUAGGGAGGGACAGAACCCUGUCUUCACUGAAGAGUUUAUCUUUGACGACUUGUCGAGUGAGAUCAACAGUUUUGAAAUCAGCCUCAGCAACAAAACAAAAAAGAGCAAAGAAAGUGACAUCUUGUUCAUGCGCUGCCAGCUGAACCGUCUCCAAAAGGGCCAGAUGAUUGAUGAGUGGUUCCCUCUCAGCUCCCACGUGCCUCUGAAGGGAAUCGAGCCGGGCUCCUUGCGUGUACGCGCCCGCUACUCCAUGGAGAAGAUCAUGCCCGAAGAGGAGUACAGCGAGUUCAAAGAGAUGAUCUUGCAGAAAGAGUUUCACGUCAUCUAUGCUCUGGCCCAUGUGUGUGGCCAGGACCGCACCUUACUGGCAAGUCUCCUACUGCGGAUCUUUAGGCAUGAUAUGGCUGAAGCUCAUCUACUAAGGACACUCAAUGACAGAGAGAUUAAUAUGGAGGAUGAGGCCACAACCUUGUUCAGAGCAACCACACUGGCCAGCACACUAAUGGAGCAGUACAUGAAGGCCACGGCCACACCCUUCGUCCAUCACGCCCUCAAAGACACGAUUCUUAAGAUCAUGGAGAGCAAACAGUCCUGCGAGUUGAAUCCUUCCAAACUGGAGAGGAAUGAGGAUGUGCACCUGAACUUGAUUCAUCUCCUCAACAUUCUGUCGGAGCUGGUAGAAAAGAUUUUCAUGGCUGCUGAGAUCUUACCGCAGACAUUAAGGUUCAUAUAUGGCUGUCUGCAAAAGUCCGUGCAGCUAAAAUGGCCUAAUACCACCAUGCGGACAAGAGUUGUAAGCGGCUUUGUCUUUCUAAGACUGAUCUGUCCUGCCAUCCUCAACCCAAGAAUGUUCAACAUCAUUGAUGACCCUCCAUCUCCAACAGCUGGAAGGACACUCACUCUAGUGGCCAAGUCUGUCCAGAACCUGGCCAACCUGGUUGAAUUUGGUGCUAAGGAGCCAUACAUGGAGGGUGUGAACCCCUUCAUUAAAAACAACAAACAUAGAAUGAUCAUGUUUCUGGAUGAGUUAGGGAAUGUCCCUGAACUCCCUGAAGCCAAAGAGCACUUUAGGGCAGACCUGUCCCGCGACCUGGCUGCGCUGCAUGAGGUCUGUGCCACACACUCGGACGAGCUACGGACGUUGAGCAACGAGAGGGGAGCUCAGCAGCAUGUGUUAAAAAAGCUGCUGGCCAUCACAGAGCUCCUCCAGCAGAAGCAGGCUCAGUAUGCCAUGUCCAACAGCAACAGGACAGAGUGCACCAUCAUGUCUUUGGCGGCUGCCAUCCAGGUAAUGUGAGAUUUACGGAUGUCCACCUGAGAAUCAAAGUGUGGUAGCGGGACCACACGGCCAGCCAAAGCAAGCCCUCAGCUAUCGAGGUGUACGACUGAAGAAGUCAGUGUGUUUUCAAAGCAUGUGGCCUCGAUUCCGGCAGUUCAAAUGCAAUACGAGAAACCACUUGCUGCAUAUCUGAAUACUGUCUUUCCAAAGUCCUUCUUCCCAAAAUGCUUCAGUCACAGACUGUGUGUUGAACUAAUCAAACUUGGACAAGAAACGUUUAUCACGAAACCUUGAAGAGACAAUUUCUAUGAAGAUGGACCUGAGUGGCAGUCAUCGGCAGAAAUGCCUGAGCUUCUUAAACACUGGUAUGCCUGCCAGUCCCACAGACGACUGACUGGUAACGGCUGGCGAACCCUGACCAGCCACACCGGGACACACAACUCGAACAUUACAGAAAAGGCAAUAGAAAGCGUUGAAGUAGCAUUUUCUGCCGUCAUCAGGGAAUUUAAACAGAGCACCUCUCUCCAUGACGAAACAAGCCUUAACUCCUGUUCUCCACGCUAACCUCUUGCCCACUUUCACCUGAUUUCUGAUAAGCUCUUCCUUUAAACCAUUAACAGCUUCCAACAUCUUUGUAUGACCAACCACGCAGCACGGGAACCACUUGUUGCAUUUUUAUACGCUGCUUUGUUUGUUGAUAUUAUAUAAAUAUAUAUUUAGAAGUCAAGUGUUUGUGUACAAUAUAGCUGAACAGAGCUGAAAGAUAGUCUUAAGAGUUUGUAGGAGAUACCUGUAACCUGUCCUGUGCAUGUGUUAACCCUGAAUGGAUCCUGCUCUAGUGUGUGGCCCUACAUACUGUAUAUGCUGCUCUAACAAACAUCACCUGAACUCCCUUUUUUGCCUUGGGGAUGUGAACCGAAAGCUUUCAUGCAUUUUGCUGUCUCUGUCUCCCGCCAUCACAGGUGCCGUCUCAGUACACCCCUGCACCGACUGUUUUACUGCAUAGAUCCAGCGCAAAAGUCAUGCCAUGCACAGAUUUAUCAACUUCAAAGUCAUUAGGGUUGGCCUCGCGUGCCUCCUGGUAGCUCAGCAGCUGCAAAGUCGGAAUCUGUGCCUGUCAUUGCUCUAAGAGUUUACCAAACUGUUUACUGUAGCUGCACUUAUGAUACCACGGACCUCACCAACCUCACCAAGUGUUAAUAAGACAACUGAUACUGAAUGAGCCCAAAAGUCUCCUCAUCAGCGAUACCGAUAUCAGUUAACAUGGUAUGGGUGAUGUAGGCAGAACUGUGGCGUGCUGUUAUACUUUCUGUAUUUCAUACAGCUGACGAUGAUGUGUUCCUUUUUAUUUUUCUACCUGAUACUGAACCUUGAACCUUUUGCAUCUUAGAUACAACCUGGCUAAAAUAAAAAACGUUAUUCUGUAUGUCAA